CUCUUCCGCUUCUGUACGUCAACGUGAAAGUAUCAUGAAGCAAAUUGUGACAAACCAGACAGUUAAAAUCCCAGAAGGGAUCACUGUCCACACCAAGUCCAGAGUGAUCACCGUUAAGGGGCCCAGGGGCACGCUCAAACGCAGCUUCAAACACUUGGCUCUCGAUAUCCGUAUGGUAAACCCCAGGUUGUUGAAAGUUGAAAAAUGGUUCGGUACCAAGAAAGAGCUUGCCUCUGUCAGGACUGUGUGCUCUCAUGUUGAAAACAUGUUGAAGGGUGUCACCAAGGGAUACCAAUACAAAAUGAGGGCUGUAUAUGCUCACUUUCCCAUCAACUGUGUCACCACUGAAAAUAACACCCUUAUUGAAAUCAGGAAUUUCUUGGGUGAAAAAUACAUCAGAAGGGUAAAGAUGGCCCCUGGUGUAACUGUCACCAACUCCCAAAAACAAAAGGAUGAACUGAUCAUCGAAGGAAACUCUUUGGAGGAUGUUUCCAGAUCAGCUGCGCUGAUUCAACAAUCAACAACUGUAAAGAACAAGGAUAUCAGAAAGUUCUUGGAUGGCUUGUAUGUAUCUGAAAAGACCACAGUUGUACAAGAUGAUGAAUAAGUUUGUGUACUAAAUACAUUAUAAGUUUCCAA